AUGCUCAAAGCUAUACGAUUGGCUCUUUUUAACCUUCAAAAAUCAUUAUCUAAAAAUUCUCCAGGUCUCGAAGAUUUGGAAACUUUUGGAAUACUUGUAAAUAAAAUUAAAUUCCAGAUUCUUAGCCAAAUUGAUAACAGAAAAGAAAAUGCUGAAAUUACUAGUAUCAGAGAUGAGAAUAAUUCCUGA